AUGGCUGCCGAAACUACCACCACAGCUCCCUCCUCCACCUCCCCGUCGCCGCCGCCAGUACCACCACCGACGUUGGCGUCGGCGUCGGUACUGACCUUCCCCGCCGCGUCGCAGCCCGACAUCAUCCGAGCAAACCAGAAAGACACCUACUACCAGAACCUAGUCCAGGAGCAAGCCACGGGCGUUUUUCGAUAUAUAUUUGGAACGCGGACGCUGCUGAAAUAUCAGAAUGCCCUCAACGUCGCUUCUGACCUGACUUAUCAUGGGCUUACUACCGCCGCUGGAAGCAGGACGCUAGGCGAGGAGUACUGCGAUCUCAUGCAGACGAGGAAUAAUCUGUAUCCUUCUGUUGCGACGCGAGCCAUCCUCGUCCUCCUCCACGUCGUAUCGCCGUACGCUCUCACCAAGCUCCUCAACCGGCUCAAGAAACAAACAGCCCCGUCAAGAUCUGACCCCACGACCAUCACCGGCACCUCCGCCCGCCUCACAACCCUCCUCACCCAACUCCGCGACCUAACCACCAAAUACUUCCACUCGAUCCACCUCGCCCUUUUCUACUUCACCGGCUCCUUCUACCAUCUCUCCAAACGCCUACUGGGGAUUCGAUACAUCUUCAUGCGCCAACUCCGCCCGGACGAAAAACAACCCACCUACGAAGUCCUUGGCGUCCUCAUCGCCAUCCAGUUAUUGGUCCAAGCGUUCCUGCACGGGCGCAAGUCCCUCCUCUCCACCUCUGCGACCUCCAAAUCUAACAAUUCCAGCGACGAUUACAAUGAUGAAAACGACCCAACACAAUGGGAAACCCUCAACUUCCCAUCGAGCGCCGACACCGCCGCGGCGCAGAAAUGCAUGCUGUGCCUGAGCCCGCGGAAACACACGACUGCGACGCCAUGCGGACAUGUGUUUUGUUGGAGUUGUAUUGUUGGGUGGUGUGAGAAUAAGGCCGAAUGCCCCCUGUGCCGGCAAGACGUCAACCCAUCGCAUUUGUACCUCGUCAACAACUUUUGA